AUGAGGGCAGGGCCUGCCCAGAGUAUUUCCAGCCCCAGGCCAGUCUACCAAUUUAAAAGGCUGCGGGCACAGUUCCCUCUUCCACAUAAGAAAGGUUCUGCACGGUUCAAACUUGCGAGCCCCACUUUUGAAACAGUGGAAUCAGAAGCGCAGCCAGUCAGAUAUUUGGGGGCGGAGGGGGGUCUUUUUCUGAAUCCCGCGCCCCACACCAUCCUGCAGCAGACCUUCUCUUUCCUCCGCCCAUCGCGACAAAGCAGCUCUCCACCGAAGAUCCCCGUACCUCUCCCCUUGGUCAUUCCAGAGUUCUGGGCAAAAGUUGCCUCCGGUGCCCCCCCCCCCCCCCAAAUCCCGCCCGUUCCCUGCAACCACUCUGUGAGAGUCUCCCCUACACCGACACUCUCCUGCAGGGUCCAGCCAUCCACCGGGGUCCAGGGCCCCCCAAACUGGGGUUCCGCUAACCCCAGCCCAGGCUUUUGUCCCUACAGCCUGCAAGAGAAGCAAAGCAACUCCGCGUCCCCGGCUCCCACUCACCGUCUCAUCUUUCCUCGAGCCGCGGCUCUCCACCGGCCCCGCCGCCCUCUCGCCUGGCCCCGGCCCCCGCCCCCGCCCUCCCUCCGGCCCCGGCCCCCCAGGCCGGGCCCCGCCGCAGCUCCAGCCGCCGCCGUCCGGCCACUCCGGGCUAGCGGUGCGCAGUCAGCGCGCCCCUCCUCGGCCCCGGCGGCCACUGCCUCCUCUCCGCCCCCAGCCCUCCGCCGCGCAACCGGCGGCGACCAACUCGGCGCGGGGGAGGCAGCGCCCCCCAGGGGCGCGGCCCGGACACCGGGAGCCGGCGCCGCCCCCUCCUUCCCGCCGGCCACCGACCCCCCCUCCUCACCUGGCGCUGCGGCGCGACGGGGUCCCGGCGGCCAGGGCGGGGAGGCGCGCUCGGUGAGCCACGCCACGCCGUGCGCUCCCCCUCGGGCCGCGGUGGUGGGCUCCGCGCGCCGCGCUCCCGGGCCCCGGCCCCUUCGCAGCCACCACGGCGGGCACCCUGGGACUCGAGGCGUUGCUGCAACCAAUGAGAACAAUGCUGGUGGUGAAUGGCCUCCAUCGAGUGCCUCGGAUGAAGGCACCGAAAUGGACCCAGGGCAAUCCGCGGUCCAUCUGGGCACGCGGUAAUGUGAGCCUCUACCAAGUCGGGAGCCCUUCUCUGGGGUUACAAAGAUAAAGGCCGCCGGCCCUCGAGGAACCCGCAGAAGCAAGGAAGAGAGCACCAUGAAAUGCAAGCUAUUUAACUUAUGCUCUGUAUGGUUUGGGGGAAGUUGUUUUAGCUCCUAGUAACAGUUUCUUGGUCUACAGUGUAGUAAUAAUGAUACUGAUGCUGGAAGUCGGCUAAUAAGGUUUUGCAUAAUGUAGGCAAAGUACCUGACACCAUGAGUGGCCCUAGUAGUCACCCAACAAAUGGCUUAUUUAAUGCACUUUUCGUGUGUGCAAGAAAAAGCCUGAUUUCUAAUGUCAGGGAGAGACUCAUUUAUGAACUGCUUGGUGUUUUAUAGAACUACCCCACCCCCACCCGGUCCUAGCUCUUUGCCCCACAGAAACAUACAGAGGCCAAUCCAAAGGUUAAGUGCUCCUGCAGUUCUCUCUUCUCCUACCUCAUUAAUUUUCUCCCUUUAUUGGAUCAUCUCCAUCAACAUAAAAUCAUGCUACUUCUCCCAUUUUAAAAACAAAAAA